AUGGAGAAUGGUCAGUGCGUAAGGACACCAGCGACAUCGCCCACUUCAGAAGUGGAUGAUGUUUAUUCAGAUUUGUACUCGACAUUAUCGCAAGUAACUUCGUCCACUGUCAACGAUAUCGAUCAAUUGCCAUACCAGCUCACGUUUAAGAGCGCAGUUACAUAUUUGGGAGCAUGUUUGUGUGGUUUACUGUUUGGGUACGAUACGGGAGUAAUAUCGGGAGUAUUAUUGAAGAUUAGGCCAGAAGAUAUAUCAAGAGAAGUGAUUACGAAUUUUGAUAAGGAAUUAAUAACAUCUGUAACAUGUUUGGGGUCAUUUUUUGGGUCUAUCCUGGGUUUUCCGCUGUCUGAUACGUAUGGUAGGAGGAAAACGCUGGCAUUCUGCAGUGCCAUAUUUAUUGUGGGUGGUAUCUGGAUGGCACUAUCAAAGAGUUUAAGUCUGCUUAUUAUGGGUAGACUUGUCGUAGGGGUGGCUAUCGGUAUUGCUGCUCAAUGCGUUCCAGUCUUUCUGAGUGAAGUUUCUCCUGCGUCCAUUAGAGGAACGGUUUUGACUCUUAACUCAUUGGCAAUAACAGGUGGUCAGUUCCUUUCAUAUGUGGCAGCAUACAUGCUUGCUGAUUUAAAGCAUUCCUGGAGAUACUUAUUCGGUAUAUCAGCAAUUCCAGCGGUAAUCUUCCUUGCCUUGAUGAAGUUUAUUCCAGAAUCACCGAGAUGGCUGAUAUCUAGGAGCGAGUUCACGAAGGCUCAUGCGUCUUUGCGAGUUAUAUAUCCUGCUGCAAGUUCGCAGCAAUUGGGUCUUAAACUGCGGAAACUUGUUCAGGAUAUAUGCAAACUACGAAAAUAUGAGGAUAUUGAGGAGCCUCUCUUGUUAAAUCGCUCGAAGCUCUUUGGUCCAAAAUCCAAAGCGAAAACUUCUAAACAAUCUAUGGAUGGCAAUCAAAACGGUACAGUUACGACAGAAAUUCCCGAUUCCUUGCCUCAGGACAGGCACCAGAAGCAAGUUCAUAAGAUGGAACCGAGGGCCAAGAGGGCCUUAGUUAUUGGGUGCGUCCUGAUGUUUUUCCAGCAGGCUUCUGGAUUCAACGCCUUCAUGUAUUAUGCCACCAUACUCUUCGAAGAUUUGAAUGUGAGCAACCCUCUGCUUCCAGCUAUGGGUAUCGCAUUUACGAAUUUCCUAUUUACUUUCGUGGCUCUUGGAUUGGUCGAUAUCGUUGGCAAGAGAGCGAUGUUGUUGUACACUAUUUGGAUAAUGACAUUAAGCCUUUUACUAAGCACGGUGAGUUUUGACAUAAACGACACAAGACUGAUACUCACGUCUGUCCUGAUGUUCGUGGCUUCCUUCGCAUCAGCAAUGGGGAAUAUUCCAUGGAGUAGCGUCGAAUUUUUGCCUCUCAAUAGAAGGGCGUUUGGAGCUUCAUGCAUUUCAUGCACAAAUUGGCUCACAAAUACUGUCGUUUCAAUGUCAUUCUUAUCUCUCGUCAAUCAUUUCGGGAGUAAAAACAUCAUGUUAGCAUUCGCUCUUUUUACCGCUCUGAAUUGGGUGUUUGUUUAUUUUUGGUAUCCCGAGGUCAAGGGCUUGACAUUGGAAGAAAUAGGCAAAGUGUUCGAUCAUGGCAUCGAUGUAAACUAUGUCUAUAGAAACUAUCAUUAG